AUUUGUAAACCUAGAAAUGGACAAUUUUACAGAUUUAGUGGCAGUUACCAACGAAACUUUGACCGACACAACCUUCAUUCCUACCUCCGAUAGCUUUAUUGAAUUUUGUGAUAAUGAGGUGAAGAAAGGGUUGGAAAUUUGGUUAUUGGCUAUGGCAAUUAUUCCGUUCCUUUUUUCGUUGAUUAUUAUUGGUUUUCUUUUGGUGGCUAUUAAUGCUGUUGGCAAAAUUGAGGCGCAUUCUAUGGAGGCUGAUAAUAAAAUGGUAAAUGUUCGACUCAAUGCAAACAAAACAACUUGUCAACAACUUGUCAAAGAUGCUUUUCGAGCUUUUGCAUUGAAAAAUAAGGAAUUGGCUAAAAUUGCUUGA